AUGCGGAACGUGUCGCAGUCAAUACCCGACAUCUGGGUGCAAAGCGAACGGCCGCGCAGAAGGGCAACAAUAACGAGUACGGCUUCGUCCGGAGCAAAUGAAGGAUCGCCACUACCCAAUGAUUCCACGAUUUCCAUCUCGCAAUCUUCUGUCGUAAAUACUCAGCUGGCGGAGGGCAGAGACUCAGACGAGCGCCAGGACACAGUGGGCGAACUGCAGUCUCCGCAGCUCAAAGCGCAGCGGUCUGCGAAUUUUAGCAGGCACUCGACGGAAUCGCGGCCGAGUUCAGGAGGCUCAAUCAUGUCGGUCAUACCAGCUUGGGCUAGAUCCUACUACAGCCGCGGCGAACACAGCUUCCCCUCGCCCCAGACCAACACCUCCAUGACCGACGUCUCGGACUCCCGCCUCGGCACAGCGCAAACGGUGCAGAGUACCGCACCGAGCCGCUCGCCCAUCGAAUCUAGCUUUCCCCUCAGCAUCUUCAACCCGCGGCGGCGACUACGUCAAGCUUCUCUUCCGGAACCGCCGGCCGACACGCCAGCAGUCGUAGAAGUACAAGAUGCACCUGUCGAGGAAGAGAUUUUCGUGGUUGGUGGCCCGCGCCCUGCGAUCUCGGAGCCAUUUACCCCGCGCCUGAGUCCGGAUCGGAGGAGUAAUGCGCGGCUGAGCACUUGGAGGCCGCCGUCGCUGGACGAGGCGCUGGGGAAUUUGGUGUUUAGCAGGGCGAAUAUCCAGAUCAUGCUGUUUUGCUUUGGAUUUAUCUUUCCGCUGUCUUGGUUAAUCGCUGCAUUCAUACCUCUACCGCCGAAGCCGGAGCGGUCGAAAGAAGCUGCAACGAGCCAGCACGACGUCGAGUGUGCAGUCGACAUCAGUCUUGGUCCGUGUGAUGUGAAGGGGUAUCUGAAAGCCAAAUGGUGGCGUAAUCUGAAUCGGAUUAUGGCGGUUCUUGGGGUCGCACUUGUAGGAGCUAUAAUCGCAGUCGCUGUUGUUGCAUCACGAGCCUAA